AUGUGGAGGAAGCUCUUAAAACUAAGAACGCAGGUCUACCAGUUCAUCAGAUAUGAGGUGAAUGAUGGUAAGACAGCGUUCUUUUGGUUUGACGACUGGCUGCAGCAAGGGAAACUUAUAGACAUAACUGGAGCAGCAGGUACUUAUCAUCUUGGUGUGGCUCGUACUGCUCGGGUGUGUGAUGCAGUCUCGCAGGAAGUAUGGAAUAUUAGAGGACAGAGAAGUCGCUUUUUCCAUGACCUUUAUGAGCGUAUUCUAAGCGCACCGGUUCCUCACCGCUGUCAGGGGCAAGAUGAUGUGAUGUGGAGGCACUCAGAUGGAGACUACAAACCCUAUUUUUCAUCGGCAGAACUUGGGAGCAAAUUAGAGAAAAAAAGAACACAGUGUUCUGGAGCAAAGGCAUCUGGUUUACUCAAGGAGUUCCACGCUUCUCCUUCAUAG